CGGGAGGAGGCCGAGCACCCACUAGGAGGUGGGUGGGCCGGGCGCACUUGGUGGCGGCGCGUCCGCGUCCCAGCGGUCCCCGUCACUCCCGAGGCACGCACUUUGCCCCGGUCCCUGGGCCACUGGCCACGCCCCCAGCUGGCGGGAGGGGCCGGAGCCGCCCGGCUGCUUCUCGGCGUUUGGCGGCGGCGGCGGCGGCGGCGACAUGGAGAGCGGGGCCUACGGCGCGGCAAAGGCGGGCGGCUCCUUCAACCUGCAGCGCUUCCUGUCGCAGCCGCAGGUCGUGGUGCGCGCCGUGUGCACGGUCUUCGCCUUGAUCGUGUUUGCCUGCAUCUUCGGCGAGGGCUACAGCAACAUCCACACGUCCCAGCAGAGACACUGCGUGUUCAACCAUAACGAGGACGCCUGUCGCUACGGCGGGGCCAUUGGCGUGCUGGCCUUCCUGGCUUCCGCCUUCUUCUUCGUGAUAGAUGCCUACUUCCCCCAGAUCAGCAACGCCACUGACCGCAAGUACUUGGUCAUCGGUGACCUGCUCUUCUCAGCUCUCUGGACCUUCCUGUGGUUCGUUGGUUUCUGCUUCCUCACCAACCAGUGGGCAGCCACCAAGUCUGAGGAUGUGCUGGUGGGCGCCGACUCGGCCCGCGCGGCCAUCACCUUCAGCUUCUUCUCCAUUUUCUCCUGGGGUGUGCUAGCCUUCCUGGCUUACCGGCGCUACAAGGCUGGGGUGGACGACUUCAUCCAGGACAUCCAGAACUACGCGGACCCCACUCCCAACCCCAGCACGGCCUACGCCUCCUACCCCACCUCUGUGGACAGCUACCAGCAACCGCCCUUCACCCAGGAUGCGGAGACCACCGAGGGCUACCAGCCGCCCCCUGUGUACUGAGUCACAGCGGGGGUGGUAAGGGGAGCAGGGAGGGGGCGCCGGGGCCCUCCCGCCGAUCUCAGACUUCUCCCACGAGGUCUGCCUCUUGUCUCGCGCCUGCCGGAGAACCAUCUGCUAUCCUAGGAGCACCAAAGUGCCUUGUGCAGAAAGGGGCUUCCCUGCUGCCCACCCACUCACUCCUUAAGGGCAUUUUUUAGACAAGGGUUUUUUUUUUUUUAGCUAGAAGUGUUUUCUCGUUGCUUUUAAUGUCCCUGCCCCUGCAUGGAGUAGCUAGGAAUAGGAUGGUGCCCUCCCUUCCUGCUGUGUGACAAGGGCCUUAGCCUUCCCCAACCCCCAAGUAGCUGAGCCACAGUCAGGGCCUUAUGGCUGCAGUUACUGGGGUUCUCUGCCAAAGACAGAGGUGCUGGGCUCUGAGCCUCCUCGCCCCUCACUCAGGUUUGUCACCCCACCUGGUGGGGUUGCAUGCCCCUGCCUGUUCUGGAGUGAGCAGCCCCCCCUUCCCCGCCUCCAGGGCCAUGGUCACUGCUGUAUUGCCUGCUCACUCAGGAUCUGGGGAUACCACCCUGUGCCAACUGCCUCUGGGCACCUUCCUGCUGUGGGAGAAGGGUGUGGGCACCCACCCCUGGCAGCAGGGAGGGGCUCUGCCUGAUGACACACCCAGCUUUAUGUAAAUACUCUGCUGCGACUCUUGGGUCUGAAGUGUGGGACUGCCCAGACCCGCUCCAUGUGCUGGACGGGCCUGCAGUGGGGAAGCGUGGCCCUCGGGCAGUCAGGCAUGUUUGGAGAAGGAAUAAACAGUUUUCUCAUUCACGGUCUCCUUCCAUUGGGUGCG